AUGUCCUCCGACUUCUCAUUCGCUCCAGAACGCCAGAGAGAGCGGUCUCUCUCCCUGCCAGAAGAUACGCCGCCGUCAUCAACUGAUCGCAAAGUGUCCGAUGAUUUUACCGGAAAAUAUCCUUACGAGCCUCUCCAGUCCAAGGAACAUAUCCGCCUCCUCCGCCUUGAGCCCCCAGUAGCCUCUUCCACGCAAAACAUCCCAGUCAUCUCAGCUACCCUCCGUGAAGUCAACUUAUCUGCAGUCGGAGAAAGCCCCUGCCCACCGUACAAAGCCCUCUCUUAUGAAUGGGGCUCUCCCCCUUCAAACCCCUCAGACACUCCAACGAUGCUUCUCGACAACCAUCUCAUCCGUAUCCGCCAAAAUCUUUAUGACGCCCUUCAAAGCAUCCUCCACAACCAUCACCGACUCUACGGUGAAUCACCCCUCUAUCUGUGGGUGGACGCUCUUUGCAUUAACCAACUUGAUGAUUGGGAAAAGGGCCACCAGGUCCAGUUGAUGAAGACCAUUUACUGGGACGCAGAAACGGUGAUUGUUUGGUUGGGAAUGGGAACAGCCUGCACCGGUGAAGCUAUGGAAUUACUGAAGAUGGAAUGGAAAGAUCUACACGAGUAUAUGGAAGAAGGAAAUCUUAGCCGGAAGGAACGUCAGGGGAUCACGGACCUAUAUUGCAACGCGACAUACUGGAGGAGAGUAUGGAUCUUGCAAGAGUUUGUCCUGGCAAGGGAUUAUGUGGUCUUGUGCAAUCGGGCAUUUGUUACGAAGAGGUGUUUUGAGCGGGGGCCAAAGAUUGCCAGAUGGUGGUCAGUAAAAGAGGCUCGACGCAAGUCGAGAGCGCAUACGAACCGCCCAUCGCCGGUUUUGUUCUGGAAAGCUCCGGUGGAACGAAUGAUUGCGCUUCGCAACUUGUUCCCGAGGCCAUCUGAGGUCUGGGAACCAUCCGGGCCAACGCUUGAUAAGUGGCUGGAUACGGUGUACAGCUACGGUUUCAAGGCGACAGAUCCCAGAGAUUAUGUCUUCGCAUUGUUGGGGAUCUCGCAUGAUAGAGACGACCUGGAGAUAGUGCCCAACUAUGAGCUGUCAACGUCGGAGGUAUACGGUAUGGUCAUCUCAACCUAUGAAGCGAGGCCUAGAACAGUCUCGCUUCAUCAUACCACCAAAAACAAUUUGGCUGAUCUCUUAGGAAUUGCACGGGAUCGGGCUCUUGAACUGCAGCAAAUACUGAAAGCAGAAGCGGAAGACAUGUCAAGCCUAGAAGAUUAG